GUUUAUUUUAAUAUCCCCCUGAUGGAAUUUGUGAAGAGACGGCGAAAAACGAAGAGCGAGAGAAAGUUUCAAAGUUAUAACAUUCCAAGAUGACUGACUCUGACAGCAGUUUUGAAGAAAUGAACGAUUCAGAAGAUUUCAGAGAACAUCUCCUGGUGUUGAAAGCAAAAUGGAAAGCAGCUUUAAAGAAAAACAAAAAGUUACUUCUAAAAUGUCCCAAUUAUGAGAGGUGUCAAUCCAAGUGUGGCAGUGUUGGAGGAAUGCAGUACCACUAUGAGAGGUGCACGGGGAAUGCCCCUCGGUUCAAGUGUGACCAGUGUGAUCGAACCUACGAGAGCAGGACGGGUCUCAAUUAUCACAUGGCUAGCUCGCAUAUCAAUGAGCCUAGCGAAGACAACAAGAGUGAUAGCCCUUCCCGACCACAACGCUCAGCUGCCUUGAACACAAUGUCUGCCAUGCACAUCUCCAGCAACCCACCCUCGCUAAAGCAAUCCCCCACUCGCACACCUCCCAAACCCCCCACUCCCAAGGCAACUGCUCCCCCCAAAACACCACCCCCUGCGUUGGAACUGAGUGACUUCCCAUCUCCACCGAAACUGAUGAUAGUUUCCCAGAGUGACGAUGAGGAAGAGGUGUCAACCAAACCAGCUGUGAAGAAGUCAUCUCCCAGCUCUAAAGCCACACCCAAGAGUGACGGGGGGACGGAUGGAAAGGGGAAGAAAACAACUAAAUACGUCACUAUUCCUUCUAUUGAGUACCCGGAUGAGUACAAGUCCUUCCUACCCGUGUGGAGACAUGAGAUGAAAGAAAACAAGAUAAUAAAGUGCCCCAACUAUAAGGACUGUGAUUUCAAGUGCACUACAGUGAAUGGUAUGAAGUACCACUAUGUCCGCUGUGGGAAGGCCAACCCUCCGGAGUUCAACUGUGAGCUCUGUGGGAAGAAGUUUCAGUGCCGAACUGGUCUGGUCUGGCAUCUUAAGAAGACGCACAAGCUAAUUGACAUCCAGCCUUCCAAAGGUGGUGGUUUCAAAGGCACACUGCCAGCCAAGUUAGUGAUGGGUCCAGUCCCUCAAGACCACUCCCCUCACCCGCGUAAGAAGAUCAAGCUGAGUGAUAGCGGGAGGGAGAACCGCUCUCCUAUAGGGCACAAACCUCAGAAGAGCUUCUCUCGAAGGAAGCGAUACACACCGCACAAGACUCCUGAGGAGAUACUGCAGAAUGUCGUGAUGUUCACUUCCCUUCCUUCACCAAAACUGGGCCCUCAAGCUGUAAAGGAAGUCCUGGUACCCCUAUCAGAGUACCACAUCUAUGAGAACAUACCCACAGACGAUGUGUCUAAACCGAGCACUAUCAUCCAGCUAGGAGAGGAAGCACUCACCUGGCAAAGAAUGUCCUCUGAUUCUGAAAGCGAGGGAGAAUACAACAGCACAGAGUUGAUAUUCGAAGAGGAAGUAUUUGGAGGCUAUAGGAGCAGUAAUAGUUUGUCUGAUUCUGACGAUGACUAUAUGUACGGUGCUAGUAAGAAAAAACAGAAACACAAAUCAAAUGGUCCGACUUUAGGAGUUCGUAGUGCGGCUCCGAGGAGAGGUAGACCACCGAAGAAUAGAGACGUGAAGGAUGACGUUUAUGAGCCGAUUUCAAUGGAGAGUUUACCGUCAACUUUUAAUAGGGAUUCCCUUCCACCACCUUUAUUGACGGAGGCAGAGCAGAAGCCUGCUCUACCACAGAUGCCGCCUCUUAUUAAAACACCCGAUGCUACUUCAGAGGAGAAAUCACUCGAGCCAUACACAACGUCAUUAUACAAGGCCACCUCACACGUUCAACCACCUCCUGGGCUGAUAUUGCCAGUCAAGUCUGAGCACUCAGCUCGACACAGCAGCAACAAACUACCCGAGCCUCCUCCUCUACUUAAGAACAGUAAUGCAUCAGACGUGACCGAUUAUCCUCAUAUAGUACUCCCAUCUAACUCCCCCUCUAGUCCAUCGUGGACCACCACCCAGACGACCGGGCCUACACACACAGCCCCUGCCCUAGGGAGACCCGGACGACCCGGACGACCUCCCAGAUCUAAGACGGGGGGAGCAAAGGACAAGAAAGCAACCACUGUUCGUACCGGCUCUACAACUGCUCAUUUUCGAUCGUCAAGGGGUUCAAAAGGUCAAUCCUCGUCCUACUCAACGAAAGGAAUGAAAAUGACACAAUAUGAGUUUUCGUCGAGCUCCUCUAGCAUGUCCAGCCACUCGAUCACAAAUUCUUCCCCAUCUCAAUCGAGUAUGGUUACUUACGGGACGCCAUCCUCACUGCAAAACAUCGUGGCCCCCAUUCAGAUUAUCCAAGGCAUUCCAACUAAUUCAGUUCAAGUGCAGGGCUACCAGAGUGUUCAGCCGGGAGGCAUGAUGCUAAUGCAAGGGACCCGGCCUCUGGGCCUGGAGUACGCUCCCCAACAGAGCCCCUCGUAUAUCACACAGGACGGACAGACAUACCAGAUUAUCCAGGCACAGCCACAACAUUUGACUAUGUCUGAUGCCGGCGAUAAUUCACAGAAAGUCAGUGUGAUAAUGCAACCUAGUGCAGCAACAUACACCACUCAAACUACUGCAGGAGGCAUUCAAUACUUAACACAGUUGGAUGGACCACCUCCUCUGACAAAAACGAAAGAAAAAACUGACAAAGCAACUUUAAAGUCUAAUUUUGAGAAAGCUCGAAAACAAGAGCAAGCCAAACUGAAACAGUCAUCAUCAACAGUGUCUAGUAGUACGUCAACUGAAGUCACUUCUCAAUCUCGGGCCAGUAGCGCUGAAAUUAGCUCGGAGGAUAAAAUGAGUAAACAACUUAAGAUGUAUCUAGAUAAAGAGGUGGGACGCAAACCCAAACAAACACCUGUGCCUACUCGGGACAUUGUACCACCAAAGAGUCGGAGAGCCAAGUCCAUCUCAGUCGAUCGCACUUUACAUGUGGCAGAGAAAUCUCCAAAACUGCAAGUAAGUCAGAGCCUGUUCUCAAGUUCUGGACGCAAUGUUGAUUCAAAUAUUGGAAUACACACCUUGUUAAAUAAUCCCAGUUCCAAAACUCCAGUGAAAAAAUUGAACACUAGGGAUUCUACUUCAUCUGUUACUGGCCUUUUUCAACCGGACAAUACCCAAACAAUCAAACCAGCGGAUACUCGACACUGUGCUGCAACGCCAGAACUGGGGGAGGCAAAAAUGCCCUUAGAGAUGAAUUUUAACCAAUCCAACUCAAACGAUAACAGUCAUUCAUCGGACAGUGGCAAUGAGGAAGUAGCUAGCGGAAGCUCAAGCAAGACAAGACCGACAAAGAGACGCAGAGAAAUGGCUGCUGCUAGCUCACUGCAAAAAGGAACUGCUAGUAAAGGAAAGAAAUCAACUCGUGGUAAAGGCAGAGCAAAGGCUGCCACCACUAGUGAAGACUCGGCCUCUGUUCAAUGUAUAGACUUGACAGAACCUUCCCCCAAGAAGAAAGCAAGGUCCAAUGCCAAGACAAAGGGAAAUGAUAAGGAAGCUUCACUUGCAGAAACCUCAGUGGUGGUUGAAGAAACUUUGAUGAAACUUGGCAAGAGAUCUAGACAAAGAGCAACCGAGAAGCCAUUGAGCUUAGAACAUUGUGAAAUGGACACUGUUGAACAAGCUAUCUCUGAGUCUCAACUCUCUCCAGAGGAUUCAUUACCAGUUGUUGAUUCCACCAUUGCUCCUUCCCCCGCUAAGAAGAAGAGAGGACCUAAGAAGACAGGUGAUGUGUCGUCUGAGCCUGGGCCUAGCUCUGGGGGGAGCGGUAAAGGACGCAAGUCAACUGGAGGCAAGAAGUUCCAGUGUGACAAGUGUGAUGCUGAAUACUCUAGCAAGAAGAGUCUGGUGAAUCACAUCGCUUCUGUACAUGCCAUACAGCUGGAUGCGAACACCCCGAUGGCCGAGUGUGUCCCUGUGUGGAGGAGGGCCAUCAAAAUUGCCAAGGCUGUGAUAUGCUGCAAGUGUGGAGAGUACAAAGCUGUCAAUGUGGAGGCCAUCAAGUACCACUGGAACAGAUGCAACAAGGAUGAGGAGUCCUUCACCGUGCGAUGUCCCCACUGCGACAAGGAAUACAGGUCCGAGGCAGGACUAAAGUACCACCUCCGCUACACCCACAUCUCCCCUCCACCUCAACCCUCGAGGUCUCCCUCCCUUGAAGCCGUACGGGAUCCCUCCAAGCCCCUCCCACCACGCAGGGCUGCUACCAAAGCCACUAAGAAAAUGGCUGCCUUGAUCAUUCCUGUAGACACUCCGGGUGCCUCCCUCCCAUCGUCUAGCAGCAACACUAAGAUCACCACCCCCUCCCCUUCACCGAGUGCACCGAAAGUGGGUGUGGUCAGCAUCACCGCUGAGCUUAGGGCUGCCUUCGUCAGAAAGGAGAUUGUCGAGUGCCCUCAUGAGGGCUGUGAGAAGACCUUCAAAACAUUGCCAGGACUCAAAUACCACAUGGCCAGGCAUCGUGACACCAACCCUAACAAAUUCCAGUGCCCUGUUUGCAAACAAGUCCUCAAAGGAGUGAAGAGGUUUGAGAAUCACAUCAAGGGCAAGCAUCCAAACGAAGACCCUGAGCUGAUGAAUGUGACUGAUCACGAGUAUGUACCUGGUGAAGAGCCGGAUGACUCGGACGGUGAUGUCCAUGACGACUGGGAGGCAGAAAAAGACGAAAUUGAAGAUCCCCCUAAAAAAAGCAUCAGUGCUAGUCGCUCGCACAAAGCUCACCUUGCGGCCAAGUGGGUCCAUAACGUGCCUACUAACUAUGGAGGAUAUCGGGAUAAGGUACGGGAGGUGUGGUCUCAGCUGUACGAGGGACGAGAGGUACUGGCUGGGGAGGAGUGGACUGUCAAGGCUCAACACUGGAAGAAGGUCUCCUCUAAGAGUGACCUUGCAAUGUACCUACCUGAGUGCAAACAGUCUAUGCCAUUCAUAGUUGCCACUAAGGCAGAGUCAGAGGAGACGGAGCCCCACACCCUCUCACUCUUCAGUGCCUGUGAGGGUUGUGAGGGUGUGACGGGGGCGGUGAUGUAUACAGGUGGUCCAGUGUGGAGUAUGGACUGGCUGCCAGUGGAGGGAGAGGCAACUGAACACUACGUGGCAUUGGCUGCAUACAAGGGCCUGGAUGAGACCUUUCAGAUCAAGUAUCCCAUCACUCAACCUGGCCUCCUUCAAUUCUGGAAGGUGGGGGCUCUCACUAAUGAGAAGGGGCACACUCCAACUACCCAGUUUGUCCUGGGGCUAGCUCACAACUAUGGUGUCAUCAGAGACAUGAAAUGGUGUCCCUCAGUGAGGUGGUCUGGCAGUAGGGGGGCGGGGAAACGACUGGGUGUGCUGGGUGUGGCUUGCAGUGAUGGAACUGUCAGGAUUUUAGUGAUACUCCAACCGGAAGAACUGAGUCAACAGUUUUCUGAGAAGGCUAACAAAAAGAAGAAAGCCUCAGCUACUAGUCCAAACCACCUCAUCGUGUCCCUGGAGAGCGAGGCUGCACUGCUGGUGCCCUCAGGAGCAGGGAUAUCUGAUUGGUCAGAAUUUGGUCAGUGUCUUUGUCUGGAUUGGUUGCCUGGUAACAAGUACACUCGGAUAGCGGCCGGAUACUCAAAUGGAGUGGUGUGUGUGUGGGACCUGGAGAACACGUGUGUGGCACUUCCAGCACUCUGCUCCAGAGAGAAGGGUCUGGUGAUCCACCCCAUGACUCAGCUGACUGCACACAAGGCUCCCUGCAAGACUGUCUCAUGGUGCCCACAUGAUCACAAUUAUAUCUUCACAGGUGGCUAUGACAAGUGUGGUUGUCUGUGGGACUUGCGACAGCCUUACUCACCUCUAGAGAAACAGGAAAAGGGUAUGCUGUUGAGCUCCAAGUGGCCUCUUCUCUGGAACGAGGUGCUGUUUCACAGUGAUGGCACAGCUGGAGCUGCAGCUAACUCCCCUGUCCCCUGUCUCUCCUACCAUCAUGCCUCCAGUGGGAGCAGACCCUCCAAGAACCUCCUCCACUGCUCAGCACCUAUCACCAGUGUGAGCUAUUGUCAUUGGUCGGACAGAGUGGCGGCUGGCUCGUACAGUGGGGAGGUGGGCAUGGUCACUCUACCCUCUCAUUUACACCUCUCUAAUGUCAUCAUCGACAGAGCACGAAAGAAAGGCAUUAAACGAGAGAUUGUGUGGCUGAACCACAGAGAGCCCGUGUCUCCCACGGCUACCCCCACUUCCUCUGCCCCGCCCAUCUCUGAGCUGGUACAGACACAUCGUCUCGUCCUCACUCCUUCCCCCGGGACGGAGGUGUUCCAGAGACACAGUCAACUCUUACCUGAUGACACUCCUCUGCAAGCUACCACCAAGGUGGUGUGGAGCCCUAACGAGAGCAGCUAUGAGUGGAUGAUGGUCGGGUCCAACACUGGACUAGUGCAACUACUACACAUACAAGCCCCCAUACAAAAACCUGCUCGCUUUUUCUCCACAUAUUGUUACCAGUCAACUGUAUGCUAGUUUUGUAAGAUAUUAUAUGCAAAUAUUUCUCUGUGGCAGCCAAUCCCUGCCUUUUUCAUUUUAUUGUCCAAUCGAAUUUUACACAAUUAGUUUUUUUUCUCUCCUAAAUUGACCACAAAGUUAUGUUCUUUCUACGAUCAGAACUUCGAUUGUUCUCUCUUAUUCACAUCUCACAAGUCACUAUAAUUAUUGAAUUGUCCUUG